AUGUUUGGAUUCCACAUACGAACUCGUCCCUUGGAUUCUACAAUUCUGGCGGGUUUGCCAAAACCAAUAGUGGGAACUCCAAGAUCUAGCAAUGGAGGCUCUCCAAGAACUGAGAUGGGAGAGGUGGACACCAGUGCUCCAUUUCAAUCUGUCAAGGCCGUGGUUAGCUUAUUCGGGGAUGCUGCAGCCUCGCCUAGGUCCAACAACGACGACAACAACAAGAAGCAGCCCCUUCUAUCUAGAAAGCCAAAAAAUUCCUCUGCUGCUAUGAGAGUGCUCGAGAAAGAAUCCGCUCUUCACUUGGCCCUCAAGCAACUGGAGGACUUCAGGGCACAACUCAAAUGCACAGAAACUACAAAAGCUCAAGCUUUUUGGGAAUUGGAGAAAGCCAAUAGAACGCUACAGGAACUGACAAACAAGCUCGAAAUCAUUAGUGAAUCCAAGCAAGCGGCUAUCGAGGAAAUAGAAGCUGCAAAGCAAAGAGCCAAGGAGCUCGAGGAACACAAAUCCAGCAGACAACACCUUGGCAUCGAUGCUUGGAAACAAGACGUCAACAACGAAAGAGAACCAUACAAGGCCUCCGCUGCUGAGCUCAUUUCUGCUAAACAAGAGCUUACAACCCUCCGACAGGAUUUUGAUCGAGUCCUCGAAGCAAAACUGGCUGCAUUUCAAGAGGUUGCGGACACCCAACACCUCACCCAAGUUUACCAAGACAGGCUAACUCGAAUUUCCAGUGAAAUCACCACCUUGCGCGAUACACUGGGAGAGGUAAAGUUGGCCACUCUCCAGGCGCAAGAAGAAGGAAAUAAGCAUCAUGAAGAAAAGCAGGCUCGCUUCCAAUCUCACCAAACAACCAAGGAACAAGUAGAGCUGAAAAUCAAAUCCUUGAAAGAAGAAUUUGAUGCUAGCGAAAUUCUCGAGGAAAAGCUCGAAGAAACAACGGAGGCAAUUAAGCUUUUGCAAGAACAGCUGCAAAAUGUUAGAGAAUCAGAUAUGUCCUCUCUGAAAAUCGCCACAGCAGAGCUUGAUGAUGCUACAAGGAAACUGCGAGAAAUUGUGCAGGAACAAAACUUACAGAGAAGCUCAGUAGAUUUCCUUAAGGAGGAGCUUGAUAAUGUCAAGAGGGGCCAUUUUGAAUUGAAGGGCAAGGCAUCAGAAGCAGAAUUAAGAGCUGAAACUUUGCAAAGUCAAUUGGAGAGAUAUAAAGCACAGCUCGACGCAGCUCUUGCAGGAGAUCCCCAAGGAGAGUACUGUUGGCGGCGUCUCCCUGCAGCGUUGCUUGAGGAUGGUCAGCUCUUGAGCAGUCCAAUCGUCCUGCCUCUACUGAUAUCCAUGCUAGAGCAACCCUGGAUCGUCUCACGAACUAUGUACUGA